AUGGAAGCACCAAGCAGAAGGAGGGAAAAGGCCCAUCCUCCUCAGAAGCUGGAGAGGAAGACGGUGGAGAAGAAAAGAAGGGCACUCAUGAAGUCUCUCUUCUCCAAGCUGGACUCUCUCCUGCCCCCCUCCAAGGUACUUGCCCAACCUUCAGAAUCCCACGGCGACCACUCUCUUCUUCCAUCACAGUCCCAUCCAUACUAGAGAGAUAAACUCUCUCUCUCUUUCUCUGAUGCGCAGCGAGGGGCUGUGGGGCAGUCCGACCGCUUGGACGACGCCUGCAGCUACAUAAGAGAGACGAGAGAGAGGCUGGCAAAGAUGGAGGAGAGGAGGGAAGCCAUGGUCAACGCCAACGCCGGUUGCGGGACCCCUACGGCGGGCGGCACCGCAUCAGGCCCGGCGGCGCUCCCCCACUUGGAAGUCAGAGACCUGGGCUCGGGCGUGGAGGUGGUUCUCGUCAGCAGGCGGGCUGAUCAGCCGGUUUUCUUCGAGAUCCUGCGGGUGAUGGAGGAGGAAGGAGCCGAGGUGGUCAACGCGGGCUUCGCCGUGGCCGGCGGCGCCGCCUUCCACAGCUUCCACUCCCUGGUAAGUCCCUCUCUUGCCCCCCAUAGAGACGGUGCAAGAAGAAACGGGCCUCAGUCACUCGCUAAAAUCGUGCAGGUUUCGGAGAACGGGAGCAGCCAUGGCGAUCCCCUGCGAGUGGCGGAGAGGUUGAAGGAGGUUGUCCGAGAGCUAGCCGGGGGCGCUUGA